AUGUCGAAGGGGGGUGCGCUGGCGAAGGUGGGGGAGGCGCUGGCCAAGGUCGGCAUCAAGGCUCCGUGGAAGUACACGGGCCCCGUGUCUAGCCCAGAGUACCUCAACCACCUGCCCCGCGCCACCAACUACCGCGCCAUCUCGCCAGCGUCGUACCCCAUCCGUGCCUCGGUGCCGCAGUCGGAGGACCACCUGGUGUACGACAUCAAGUACUACGUGCGGGACUCGCGGCGCUCGCACCUGCCGGGCGGCAGCGUGAAGCUGCAGGAGGGCAAGUAUGCUGUGGCCACCAAGGAGGAGGCCCUUGAGGCGAUGGAGACGGCGCCGACGCACAACAAGACGCACAAGUGGGCGCCCUUUCGGUCCAUUCUGGAGCAGGACAACAACGGCUACACGAUCUAG